AUGAUAGCUGAGAACGAAGCUCCCAACUUCACAAUAUUCCAAGAUUGCCUUUCGACCAGCAUCAUACAACGUCUUGCCCCGGAUAGUGGCAAAACAACGAAGAAACGACCGGUCAAAGGUCGCAAGAAUGAAAUUAAGCCGGUACUGAGACCGCAAGAGGAGAUUGAAAAGAACGAUGCUGCUGAAUUGUCUGAUUUUAUCGAGUAUCUAGCUGAGGAGAUUUUCUUGAGCCUACCUGCAGACCUCCGCACCAUCUCCUACACAGCCAUCCAAGAUGACAUCAAGCUGGCAUCGAGAUACUCAGUACCUCUGAGCAGCUCAGACAUGGAAUCGCUGAUCAAACCAUUACCACUCUCGGUCUCCGAAUCAUUAUCAAUCUAUGGCCUCAUCAACGACGAUACAGACCUAGACCGCUUCCUAGAGCCCUGCAUGAACAUUUACAUCACAUCCACCUCCGAGCCACCUGCAGAGUACACUCCAGCCUUGGCCGCUACACGGCCUGACGGCUGCGAGAUCUGUGAACGGGAGCACAUACCUCUGACCUACCACCAUCUCAUACCGCGGCAGGUUCACGCGAAAGUCGUGAAGCGUGGUUGGCACAAGGAAUGGGAGCUGAAUAAGGUUGCAUGGCUGUGUAGAGCCUGUCAUUCAUACGUGCAUCGAGUCGCGCCGAAUGAGCAGUUGGCGCGGGAGCUGUACAGUGUUGACUUGUUGCUGGAGAGGGAGGAUAUCCAGAGGUUUGCCAAAUGGGUUGGGACAGUCCGUUGGAAGGCACGCUGA